AUGUCAGCAAACGUCAACAAGCCGACGGACCUCAAGCAGAAGGAAGCCGACGUCAACCGCAAGCUUCAGCUUUACGGCAUUGUCUCCGCUUUCCAGGCUGGCAAGGUUCCUUCGAAUGAUCAAAUCGAUGUCGCCCUUAACAGCUUCUUGGCCUCCAAGGUCCUAUCCAACCCUCCCGAGAAACUUUCUCCCGAGGGCAGAGCUCUCGUUGCCGAUGCUCGCGAGGUUGUCAUUCAAGCAAAGAACCUUUUGUUGUCCAAGAACCAGGGCAACCUGCUUCAGGACUUUAUCUGGCAGACGGAACAGUUCGACGCCAAGGCCGUUCAGGUUCCCGGCGCCCCGAUCAACAAGGAGGUCGCGCAACAGCAUGGCGACAAGGCAAUGGAGGGUCUGCGGACCCUUGGCACUUUGAUCAUCACCAACGGCCAGUUCCGCAAGCUCCUCAAGGAUGCCACUGUUCUUCUCCGAGACAUGGCCGGUGAUGCCGCUACCAAUGCUGCUCAACGUGUGCGUCCUUCGGGUGAAGCUCUGCAAGACAUCGACCGUCCUGCCCAGGAUAACACUUGGCAUGAUGCCCCCGACUUCUCCAAGGAGAGCCUCAAGAAGCAGGCUCAGGGAGUCUACAAGGGAUCUCCGGCCGCAGACGCUCGGGACAUCGCCAACGCCGGCACCCAAUCUGCCCAUCCCAAUGGGGCGCAGAACCCUCAGGACCUUGCUGCCACUGCUGCGCGUGACCAGCAGCAGGGAACUAACUCUGGCGUCAAUGCACAGGGUGGCAUCAACGCUGCUCGCAACGUCAUUGAGAAGAAGUACAACGAGAACGUUGAUGAUGAGACGAAGGAGCAGGCCCGUCAGCGCAAGGAGGAGUACCUCCGCCGCAGCAAGGAGUACUUCAACAAGAAGAUGCCUCAGGAGCGCAAGGAGCAGACCAUUUGGCGCCUGAAGAAGAUGGUACUUGAGUGCCAGCAACAUCCCGACUACGCUCAGGCCAUUGAGACCCUUCUCAACCUCGCAGAAGAGUAUGCUGGCCACUCGCGCGCCAUCGCUCAGGGCGGAACUGGUACUGUCAGAGAUGCCCGCGCCGGCCUUGCUCAAGCAGAGUCCGAUCUCAAGACCCUGAUUGAGCGCUUCGCCAACGGUACUUCCACCGAGGACCUCUUUGAGUCCAUUCAGCAGAUCUACCGCGACGCCGACAAUGACCGCGAGCUCAAGGACUGGUUCAAGGCUAUGGACCGCUACGUCCGUCGCUGCCUCCUCGAGCAAGGAUACAUCCUGGAUGAGGAUUCCAACCAAGAGUGGAACCACCUCUAUGAUCAUGGUCGCUACUUGCUCCGCAACAAAUACCGCGUUCACACCGACCGUGUUUUUGACGAGAUUAAGUUCUUGAUCGAUCAAUUUGACCAGGACCCUCAAAACAAGCGCUUCGGCCUGGCUGUUCAGAAGUUGUUCACUGACCUUGGCAACGACGAGAAUGGCAAGCCCACAUUCAAGCCCCAUCUUCUCAAGGAUCUUUCGGAGGUCAUUAUUCCCUCCAUCUUCGAGAACGUAGCCUACGUUCCUGUUCCGCGCAUUGAGUACUCCGACUCUCAGUUCGACGCCGUCAUCGAGAACCUUGUCCUCGAAUCCGACAACUUCAUGCCCAACGUCCUCGAGGUCAACAGCGAGAACUACUUCCUUUGGGGACGCAAGAAGGUUGCCAACAAGCACAAGCAGUCUUUCGAGGUUAAGGUUGCUGGUGUCCAGCUUGACCUGCGUGAUGUCAGCUACCACGUCAAGCGCAAACAGGGAUUCCCUUCCAUCACAGACACUGGUGUUGCCGACAUCCUCCUUGCCGGUGACGGAUUUUCCUUCAAGCUCAAGCUCUCUUCUGCGGACAAGAAGGACAGCCAGAACUUCUUCAAGAUUGACAAGGUUGAUGUUGACAUCAAGCACAUGAGCAUUAAGUUGAAGCAGUCGAAGCAUAAACUUCUGUUCGGCCUCUUCAAGCCCGUCAUGCUUAAGGUUCUUCGCCCUGCCCUCCAAAAGGCUGUUGAAAAGGCCAUCAAGGACCAGGCUGCCCAGCUGGAUACUCUCCUCUUCCAGGUCAAGCAGGAAGCCGACCGCGCCAUUGACGAGGCCCGCUCUGACCCUGAGAGAACCCCCAACAUUUACAACCGCUACGCCACUGCCAUGCAAAAGCGUGCCCUGCAGACCAAGCAGAAGGCUCAGGAGGUUGCUGCCGACAAGAAGGUCAACUACGCCAUCACAAAGGAGGAUUCCAUCUUCCCCGACAUUAGCCUCCCCGGCGGCAUCAGUUCCAAGGCCACCGAGUACAAGGAGCUUGCCCGUAAGGGUGAACGCUGGGAGAGCCCUGUCUUCUCGAUCGGCAAGGCCAGCAAGUCAACUGACAUUCCCGACGCGCCUCGUAUCGAGCGCAAGAAGCAUGGCUUGCCUACCCAGCAGGGACAGUAUGCUCCUCACGCCAACACCAAUGGCGCAUUGAACGGCAAUAUGAAGAACGAUCCUUCAUCUCUGUAUGACGCACACCCCAAUGGUGGUCUCAACGGCAACGUCAACACCCUCUCGACCCCAGCCAACGUUAGUGGAUACUAG